UGCCGGAAACCAGUUUCCGAGUAUGGUAGCUCGCAAAGGUAGUUAUGUUGGGUUGACAGUCUUUUUGUUUUGGGUUGUAUGUUUUAUUUUUGUCGGUAUUAGUUUUUUUGUGAGUGGUUUUGAUUAAUGAUAGCAUGGCCGAAAAAUUUGAUAACCUCGAGGAGCAUCUGGAGAAAUUUGUGGAAAAUAUCCGGCAGCUGGGAAUCAUCGUUAGCGACUUUCAGCCAAGCAGCCAGACGGGACUCAACCAGAAAUUGAAUUUCAUGAUAACCGGAUUGCAGGAUAUUGACAAAUGUCGCCAGCAGCUGCAUGAUAUCAACGUGCCACUGGAAGCCUUCGAAUACAUCGAUCAAGGUCGAAAUCCUCAGCUGUACACCAAGGAGUGUUUGGAAAGAGCCCUGGCGAAAAACGAGCAAGUGAAAGGCAAAAUUGACACCAUGACGAAAUUUAAAAGUCUUCUGAUUUCUGAGCUGGCAAAGGUUUUCCCAGAGGAAAUGGCGAAGUACAAAGCGAUUCACGGGGAUGAUCCUCCCACGUAGUGGCCAAAACAGCCCCAAACCUCCAGUGUACAGCUGUGAAUGUACUUUAUUGUUUUUUUUUUUUUUAUAAAUCCAGAAUGCCAUGGCUAUGUUUUUUUUAAUAAUUACACUUUUUUUUAAAUGUCCUAAAAUAUUCAUAAUAAAUACACUGAACUAUAGUCAUGGUGUGUGAGUAAAGCCAGUCUUUUUUAUAGAGAGAAAUGACAUUGGGUUUCAUAUCAUUGUUUAAACUUUUCUUUGUCUCACUUUGAUAAAACUGUCUGACUUUGCAUGCGUAGCAUUGAUAAACGUCACGAGGUUCUUAACCACAACACCACCUGCCGCUUAAAUGACUCUAAUUGCACUGACUGGUAUAUGCAUGGCGCAGUAAAAGUCGUUAAUGUGCCAGAAUAUACUAUUGCUUAUACCAUAUAUACCCAAACAACACAUAUACACACAUACAGAACUUGCUGCAUAAACCUAAAAGAAAUCCGCAUCAGAUUUGACGAUGCUUCUGUACCCAAAUUUAGGUAUGUUAGAUCUGGAACUCUGCACUGGUACAUUUUUGAAUAUGCAAAGGAAAAUAAAGGUUAUUUUUAGUUAAA